UGUCACUGCACAGCCACAUGCUGGCUGGGCAAGUACUUGCAUUCCUCGGCCUGACCUGGGGCACCUUCCAGAGCCUGGCCAUCCCCAGGAUUUCGGAAUGUGGCCUCUCUUGUUCUCAGGGCUUCGCCUGCAGGAGCCACAGGAACCGGAACAUUUUUAACAGCUUCUGCUAGCCACGCCCCGUGUCCAUGUCCAUGUCAGUCCUGGAGGCCCUGACCCCCUCCACUGCCAUGCAGUGCAUCACCCCUAACAGCUGCUCACUGUUCCUGCGUGUAUGCGCCUCCAUCACCCUGCAUGAGCACCUGCAGGGCCUGGAGGCCUGCACCACAAGCCUGGACACCCAGGAGACACGGUGUCAGAGCGUGUGGGUGGCCAGGGCCUCCCACCAGCAGCAGGUGGGGCAGGAGCUCCAGAUGCAUUUUGGCGGCUUUGAGGUGAGCGUGGCCCAGAACCUCUAUGUCACCCUGAGAACCAUCCCUCAUUUCUGCAGGGUCCAGCUGGACCAGAGGCACCUCAUGGAAGACUGCGGAGAGGAGGACUUGGGGAGGAGCGUGCCCGACUGCCUCGCCGGGAAGCUCAGCUACUGGGUGGACCGGAGGCGCAAGGCGAUUCUGGUACAGGUGCCCCGGGCCUCAGGAAGCCGUUACUACUUUGUGCGGCUCUGCCUCAAGCUGUUCACCUGCAAGGACGUGGGCGCCCCCGUGCUAGUGAACUCGAGUAGCGUCUCCCGGGCGGUCUCCUUGCCCUACAGCCAGGAGCUGCCAUGCCUGUGCCUGGAGGGCUGGUCUGCGACCCCUGACGCCGUGCGGACCCAGAUCUGCCCCUUUGAAAACGACACUCAGGCCCUGGAGAUGCUGUGGGACACAGUCUACUACCACCCUGGGAGCCAGACACUGAGCUGGGAGCCUGCCUGCCCUGUGAGUGGCCAAGUGAGCCUGUGCUGGUGCCCGCGGCCCGGGGACAGCUGCCAUAAGCUGCAGCAUUCCAGCCAGCUGGCGCAUCGCAGAGUGCAGUACCUGCUGGUGGACACCCAGCCCCAGCUCUGCCUGAAGUUCUCCACCAGCUGGGGAUCCUGGGUGCGGUGCCCUUUCAAACAGCGUCCCUUCCCAACCUGGAAGAUGACCAUCCAGCCUUCACCCAGGCAGGGCCACCUCCGGGCCACCUUCUUCUCGUCCAGCCUGGCCCACUUCCAGGUGCACCUGUGUCACAGGAGGAGGUCACAGCUCCCAGCCUGCCAACCUGCACUCCAGGCCAGCCCACUUCCUCCAGCCUCAGCUGACCGUGAAGCUGUCCCUGCCAUUGCCUUCCUGGACCUUCCCAGGGAGGAGGCCUGUGCCCCAGGCAUCUGCAUCCAGGGCUGGAGGACCGACGUGCACUUCUCCGUCCCACAGCAGCUCUGCAACCUCCACACCAGGGGGUGCCCAGCUUUCAGGGGCCGCAGGGGGUCGAAGACUGGACUCAGGCUCUCCCAACCUCCCUCGGCGGGCUGGGCAUGGCGUGCACUGAACAGAAGACUGGGUGGGGGAGAUGGGGAGACCACGCAGCCCUGAGUCAGGCUUCUGCACCAAGCCGAGGCCUGUGCCCACCACUGCCUUCCAGCCUCGAAGUUCCCUCUACCACACACAGCUGGCCUCCUGAAUGCCCUCCCUGGCCUCGCUCCAUCACUGGCCUGGCCUCCUCCCCCCUGGGGGUCCACCUCUCCUGAUCAGAACUCUGAUUCCAAUGGCAAGCAACUUGGGAUGUCCCUCUGCCCACCAGCCACCGAGGCCCAGGCUCCCAGGACCCAGGGCACAUCAGGACAGGACUCUGCCCAGUGGACAGAACUAAGCACGUGUGUCCUGGGUGUGGUCAGGAGCUGGCCUUGGAGUCCAGGAAGGGUCAGAGCUGGCACUCCCACCUGCCCCCUCUCCCUGUGAGCUCAAGAGCUCCCCUAGCUUCAGGUGGGAUGAACUGCAAGAGCCACAGAGGUGGGAGGGGAGGGCGGGGUGGAUAGAACAGCUGGGCGCCCAGAGCCCCUGGAGACCCUUUCCAGGGAGCACCAGCGGCCCAGGCAGUGGUCUCUGGAAUGUCCCCUCAGCUCAGCCAAGCCACAGCCAUUUCAGGGCAGCCUGCAGCCUACUACCCCCCAGGAUGACCCACACACCUUUAUCUCCCCCUUCUCCCAGCAGGACUUUUUGGUCAAGCCUGGGUUCCCCCCCACCCCAGCAAAGAUCACCUCCAGCAGAUCACAGACCAAAGAGGUGAUGGCCCCCUACUGGUCGAGUGUCCCUGGGGCUGGACCAGCCACUGUGGAGUGCCUGUGCUACGCUGGGAAGUCCACGGCCCCAGAGAUCAGCCCUUGAGGCAGCCAAAGGGCUGGGCCUGGCUCAAGUGGGGGAAUCUUGGCAGACCUGGGGGACACACAUGCUGCUCUCGGGGUCAGGGUGGAUCCCUCCUUCACUUGUCUGAUGAGGGUCCCUACAGCCAGGAGGCUGAUGUCCACAGCCACUGCCCUCCAGGACUGGGCAGCCCCUCCCCUUCCCCCACAUUGUCUCAGCCUCCCACAGUGUAGGCAGGGCAGCGGGGGGUGCUCCACAUCUCUCUCCAGCUGCACCCAAUCCCUGGAACCACAGUCUGAGGUCAGGAAUCUCCUUAUGAACAAGUAGGUGCCAGUGCCACACUGCUGGGGGGCAGGAGGCCAAGGCGCAGCCCGGACAGCUGAGCCAGGCCCUGUCAGAGUGCGGGUGGUGUCACCUGACCGUGGGGCACAGGCACCUGCUGGCUCUCCUGGGGCUGCAGCUCACAGGGGCUCCGGGUCACAUAGGAGACCUUCAGCCCUUUCCUGAGUCCCAUGGGAACAGCAAGACCUGGAUGGGCUGCCCCUUCCCCAGAUGGCCAAGGUGCUGGCCCUGCCAUGCUGGACCCCAGCCUCCCUCUCAGACAACUCAUGGUCAUGGCCACAGUCCCUGCCCCUGAAAUCAAGGUCCUGGAGGCCUGGUAGCCGCCCAGAGCCUCGCCAGUGCUCCAGGGUGCAGGAUGCAACCCAUCCUUCCUGUAGCUGACCAGGCCCAAGGUGGUUGAUGUGGGAAACCCCCAACACGAACACCGAGGAAGGAGAGCUGUGCAAACCCCAGGCACAAUUGGUGCCUGAAGAAUAUCUUAGUUUAUAGUGUUAUUACUCAGCUAUUUCCUUUAUGUAAUCCUUUAUGUAUAAUCAUAUAUUAGUUUAUAGAAUUAGUGCCUGAAGUAUAACUUACUGCUUACAUGUAUCUAGCUUCUGUAAUCAUACUUAGUACUUACAUCUAGCAUACUUAGUUCUGUAUAAUAUUUCUAUAUAAUUACAUAGGUAUUAUAGUUGGAGCUGUACUGACACAUUUAGUGCUGAUUUAUAGAAUCCUUCUAUAUAGCCAUAUAGUAGUUUAUAGUAGGAGGAAUGCCCAGAGCAGUCACAGAACAGAAGCAGUACAUGGGAAAAGCCAGACCAGGACGAGAACCAAAGACCCAGGCAGUGACGUCCCUGCCUGAAAGGGCAUAUGCUGUAUGGCAGGCUUGGAGCAAGAGCCUCUCCUCCUGAUAAAGGAGCUGUAGUACCUUGCAUCCAGUUCCUGUGGAAAGUAGGCCUCAGGCCUGAGAUCCUGGAAGUAACUGAGGGAGAAGAAUCCCUCUGGUGUGGCCAGUCACGGUGGCUGUACACCCUGUCAGUCUUUUCUCGCUUCUGUGCUAGCUCAAAUCAUCCUCCCAUAAAUAUCUUAAGAGAAGAGCACACGUCUGUCAGCUCCUAGUGCAUUGGCUUACAGUAUCCUUCUAUUAGAAACCCUUUGAGGUCUCCAGCCCCCAGAUAAGAAGUGUUGUGCACGACAUCUGCUGCACACAGUCCACCUCCUUGCCUUGGUGGCCUAAUGGGCGCGGACCCCUUUUCUGUACACGACCCUCUACUACUACUCACGACCCACCUCUGCCCAGGUGACCUAAUUGGGUGGCCCCUUACCUGUGAGUCACAUGAUUAUGUAUGCUCUAUCACUAAGCCUAUAGAUGACCUCACCACCCUUCCCCCUGCUUGUACCUAAUACAGA